UUUAUUGCAGUUUGCAAUGUACCUACAUUGUAAAUAAUUUUUAUGCCAAUUUCUCCAUAGUUUUUCGGUUAGAGUUUAAAGCAGUGCUUGAAUUUAACGAACCGCUAUUUUUGGGUGUUUAUAUAAAUAAUUACUACAAAGUGUGCGAGAUGUUAACAAAGAUCACAAAGUGAAAUUUUACGGCGAAAAUGUCAAACAAAUAUAUAAUAAUAAAAUGGCUGUGAAUUUAGAUAGAUCUAAUUCGAGCAGAAAUCUUAGCGUCAAAGUUGCAGGAGACCUAGGAGAUGUUGAAGUAGCCGAUGCGAGUAGUGACUGUGGUGACAAUAUUUGUGAUAAACAAAAAGUUUCAAGGAUUUUUAGUAACGCUAACGUCCUAUCGAAGAUCCCUCCUAAUUUGGUACAAAAUUCUGCUGUACCAUCUUUUGGCAGAGUCGCGAUAACAAACUCUGAGAAUGUCCAAUUUGGCAACAACACAUAUUUCAAUGGGCCUGUGACUAUAAAGCAGAUUAAAUCUGGCGUAGAGAACAGUUCAUACACUAGAAGUGAUGAAGAGAACUUUACAGGGACCCAUCACUCUGCAAAUGGAAAGGUUCAGGAGAGUUCUGACAAGAAAGAACAAAUUUUAGUAUGGCACAAAAUAACAUUUUCUGCAGUGUGUAUUACUGUUAUAGGAAGUAUAAUUGCAAUAGUACUUGUAUUGCAAAAUAAGUUUGAACAACAACAACAGCCCUCAAAUGUAUACUCACAGCCAGACUUUACCACACUGGAUUCUCCCGCUGAUACUCCGGUGGUGGGAUUCUGUUAUGAGAGUUUUCAAGUCAUUAUUAUAUCAGUUAUCCUGUUGUUAUUGACAUUUAUGUUAAUUUCUUAUUCAUUACUAACAAAGGAGGCCGUCGGUACUAGAAUGGUUAAUGCUAUAAUGAAGAAUACGGUUCAUGAAAACUGCAUGGAUAAGCAUUGCAUGCAGUGCAAUAAUGAAGGCGAUCCAUUAUUAAUUGCCCCGGACCAUUUGAGAAUAGUGUCGCGGACAGAUUGGCUAGCGCAACCCGUUGAAGGUGAACUUACUAAGUUAAACCAACCAGCACCAUGGGUUAUUAUUACACACACAGCCACUGAAAGCUGUCAUACGCAGAGUAAAUGCGUGCUCCGAGUAAGAUUGAUACAGUCGUUUCACAUCGAGUCAAAGGGAUGGUACGAUAUUGGAUACAACUUCCUGAUAGGCGGUGACGGCUCCGUCUACUUCGGACGAGGCUGGGACUAUGAGGGAGCACAUACUAAGGGAUACAAUAAGUACAGUAUUGGCAUAGCCUUUAUAGGCACAUUCAACAACGACUCACCUCCGAAGCAUCAAGUGGUAGAAACUACGCAAGGUGUUGUUUGGGAUAUUCCUUUUCCAGCGGUAACGCUAUGCGACGUUAACGUUGUAUCCAAGAGUGCUGCUCGAACGUUUUCCCGUGAAUUUGACCUACAAUAUUUUCCGACACCAAGGCGCGUAGCGUCAUGUGGUUAUCAGACAGCUUUAACGGUCAUCGUCAAAACUGACCCCACAGAUUACUACAGCACUAACUACGUUUCAAUCGGGACGCUCAUGUUCGUCGACAACGCAUACAACGUCCCGGACAUGGAAUCCCCAAUGCGCGCAAUCGACAAAUCCCUGGAUUUGAUAGUCGCCGUAUCAGCUGAGAGGACGUACGCUACCCCUGGUAUCAGAUCCUUCCCCAUUCGUGAUCGAGAGUGUUACUAUAUUGGAGAGGUUACCAUUCCCGAUAUGAGCCAGUACUCAUUCCACAAUUGCAUGGCUUUGCGAAGUGUACAGAUACUCCUGAAAAUAUGCCACUGCGUACCAUUUUAUUUCCCAAAGAAAGAUCGUAACAGAGUCUGUAACUUUUAUGACAUUGAAUGUCUGGAAACCGUGAUGAACUUGACUUAUUUCCACGGAUCAAACUUCAGUGAGAUAACUGAGGAGGAUGAGAAUUCAGAGAAAUUAAUCGAAUGCUUGCCUGAGUGCGAACAUUUCUCUUACCCCUUACAGGUAUCGUGGGGGACUUUGUCUGAUCGUAUCCCUCUCACCGGAAUAGAUUUUUACAAAGACGUUGACCUAAAGAAUCGUUCCGUGGUGAAUGUGUUUUUUAAUGAUCUGGUUGCGACCAGGUAUCGCCGCGACUCCUACCUCAACUGGCAAACUAUUUUAGACACAACAGAUGAUUCAGAUUACUUGACGGUGUUGAACGAUCAUGGUGAAACAGUGUACAUUACGAGAGACCUCAUGAAGAAAUUAACCGCUGAGGCCGAGACCUGGCAUUGGAAGCCAUGGCUGAAGACCAAGACGGAGGUCGUGGGCAAUAUUAUUCAGGAAGUGGAACGCACUACAAAGGAUUCCGUCGAAAAUUUUCCCGAUGGAAUUUUCACAGAUGAACAACUGCGUCAGGGCGCUUUCCUUCUCUACGUACUGUUCGGAAUAUAUUCGUUUACUCUGCUCGCCAUCGUAUGCAAUGACUAUUUCAUACCGUGCGUUGAAAUGAUAUGCGAGGAUUUGAAGAUACCUCAGAACGUGGCAGCGGCUACGUUUAUGUCCGUGGCGACAUCAUGCCCGGAGUUCUUCGUUAACGUGAUAUCUACGUUCCUUACGCAGUCCGACAUGGGCAUAGGAACCAUCGUAGGAUCAGCUAUAUUUAACUUAUUGGGAGUGGCAGCAGUUGGGAGCCUUGCUGCUGUGGCCCCCAUCGCGAUCGAUUUCCGUCCUGUGACACGAGACGUGAUAAUCUACAUGAUAACAGUCGGAGUCCUCGUGACCAUAGUGUGGGACGGCCAGGUGGUCUGGUAUGAGGCGCUGGUCCUUGGCAUUCUUUACAUUUGCUACUUCAUCUUCAUUUUCAACAGCAUGAGGCUCUUCGCCCUCUUCGAGAAGAUAUACUCGGCUUGCAGCCAGAAAGGAAAGACAAAUUACACUGUGACUACCAUCAAUAAAUCGGUACAGGAGACAAAUGAUAACAAGAACAUAAACAACACCGAAUCGCAAGUAAAUGGUAUUUCAAGCAACGGAAAACCUCACGUCGUCGUCAGCGAUAAGGAAGAGGCUGUGAAGAAACCAAAGAAAAGUGUCUUUCGGUUCCCGAAAGAGAACUCUACCAUCUACAAGAUAUGGUGGGUGUACACGUGGCCUCUGAAGUUUAUACUCGGUAUAACAGUGCCUUCCACUGUGACCUGCAGAAGACUAUACCCGCUGGCCUUUUUAAUGUGCAUCAUUUGGAUCGGGGUUAAUUCGUACUUCGUCACGUGGAGUAUGACAGUUAUAGGUCACACGUUUUACAUUCCUGAAUCAGUGAUGGGAAUGACAUUUCUCGCGUUUGGUGGCUGUUUACCUGAAGCUUGCUCCAUAUUCAUAAUGUCCAGAAGAGGCGAGGGAGGUAUUGGCGUAUCGAACGCUUUAGGAGCUAAUACACUGGCGAUUUUAUUCGCCCUUGGGUUACCCUGGCUGAUCAAAACCCUAUCGCUGCUGGUCCAGGGCUAUGACACUGCAGUGACAAUCAACUCAGCUGGAAUCGACUUUAUUGUCGGCUCUUUAAUAGUAGCUGCCUCUUGCUUGUGGAUAACAUUGUGCAUAGGAAGAUUCAAGCUAAGAAGAAGUAUAGGAUGUGUGUUAAUAGUGUUAUACGCAAUUUUCAUUACUUUUGCCAUCCUCGUUGAAAUGGGCAUUAUUUUGGACAGAGAAGUACUGUUUUGAAUCGUUAAGUGUUUAAUUAAUAUUGUGAUAUUGCGUUUUCUUGUAAGCCGCAUUUUAUUAUGUAAAGCGAUGACAGCGUGGCUCUGUUAUAAACAAUUUAGCAGCGUAUUUGUGCUCGUAAAUGGAUAAGCGUUAGGUGUAUUGUUCAAGUUUAAUUUAUUUAAUAUUGCAUGCGGCGAUGGGCUAGAUCUUGAUUUUAGUAGUAUGUAAACGACUCGUGAUAGCUCGCAUAUGUUGAAAAUUUCGAACUCAGUGAAAUCUAGAACUUUUGCGACACGAGCGUGAUUAUUAAAUUAAUUUCAUCUAGUCCAAUUCUGGUCUGGACGCCUGCCAAGUAAUCUGAAUAAGCUAAUACGGAAGGUAAGGUUAAGGGUAAAAGACCACGUGGCCGAUCACGUCUCACAGGCCUCCCUAUCACAGAAGCUAUCAAAAAGGCCGAGGAUAGAACAGGAUGGAAGGCUGUGAUAAAAAUCGCUACGAAGGAACUUGAAUCCGGACGCGACCUUGAGUAAUGAAGUAAAAGAUGAAGAAAAAGUCCAAUUCUGUUGAUUGGUGUAGAUUUACCAGAACGGGGGCGCUAUAGCAUUACAGAGCCUCGCGGCUAGUG